GCGCUUUCUUUUUUUCUUCUUCUUUUUUCUUCUCUCAACUUUGAAUAGUUCAUAAACAAGAAAUAAUAUCCACCCCUCUCUCUUUUUUUCUUUUUUUUUCAUAUGAUUACCAGCACAACUAUUACCACUAAUACGAAUAAUACUACGACAGAUGAUAUUAUGACCUUAUCAUCAAUGACACCUUCCUCUCCUACUUCUAUUGCUGAAACAUUAUCCCAAAUGCCUGAACUUCAACUCAGUAUCAAUGAUUUGUUGCACCCUACAGAAUCAGCUGAGAAUUUGUUAGAGUCGUUAUCUACUGAGCAAUUAGAUAUCAUUGAACAAGCAGUGAUUAAAAUAAAAGAACGCAAGCUUGGAAGCACGCAGGCAACCAAAGAAGAUGCCUAUAAGAACAAUGACUGGAAUCUAUCUAUGGUUGCUCAAUCGUUAGCAGAAGCGAUAUCAGCAUCAAAUCAAGAAUCAAGCAACAACUCUGAUGACCCACAAUCUGUCAUGGACACAACACCAACACCAACACCAUCAACACCAUCAUCCAAAUCAAAACUUGUACAAAAGACCCCAAAUGGCUCUAAAGCAUCAGCCAAGCCACCCACUACAACAGCGCCAUCCACUUCGCCUUUCUUAUCCAAUCAUGAACCUACGACUGAAUUGAGAGAAGGUGUUGAAUGGGUCAGUUUUGUUUAUUCACAUCAUCGCACCUUGCGUAGAUAUUGUAUUCGUACCGACCUUGAUAAAGUGGACACCAGUUUAUUAGAUGAGAAAUUUAAAAAGGAAAAUUGUGUGUAUCCUAGAGCUAAUCUGCCUAGAGAGACAUAUCGCGGCAAUCGUUGGUCAUAUGAGACAGAGUGUAAUUUGUUGGGAUGGAAAUUGGCAUAUUUGAAUUUAGAAGAAAUUGCAGGAAAAAGAGGAUUAAUUCAACGUGCUGUGGAUUCUUAUCGUAACCGAUAUCCAAGCAUGCGAUCACGACGUGUAGCUAGACAAGAAAAGCUACUUAAGGGGACACUACGCAAACGUAAACAUCGUGAAAUAUCCAAUACAAAUCCAGAUGACGAAGAUCAAAGCAACAAAUCAACCAAAACACAGCAUGAACACACUGAAAAGACACCUAAGACUAUUUUGAUUGAAGAAAUUGGAUCAACAUCUAAAUGUCGUAUUCGAAUCAACAUUGAGUCUGUCGUAUUAGAUGCAAUUGAUAUGGCAUUUAGAAAAAACAACUGCGUAUUUCCAAGAGCCAUCCUUAUUACACCAGACAUGCCUAAUUUAAGUCAGCGCCGAUUAGAUGAAAUCAAAUGUAAUGAAAUUGGCUGGAAAUUAGCUUGGUUAAACCCUCGCCAGCUAGCCAAUAAAAAAAACUUGUUGCAACGUGCUUUGGAUACUUAUCGAAAUCAGUUUGCACCUGAUUUAAAGCCACGUAAAUAUGCAUCUCGUGUUCCUCCUGCACCUCCUGCCCCCAAGAAGGAACAAGUCCCCAAAGAAGCUAAUGAAGAAACGACUCAGCAGCAAGAAAAAAUACUGCUAACUGCUGAAGCACUGGCAGAACAACAAAAAGAAUUUACUAAUGAAUCACCCGCAGCCCGUCGAGACUCUACAGCAGGUCAAUCAUGUUAUUCAGGGACCACAGUAACGCUUGAUUUUCAUGAUUAUUGUUUCUCCCCACCACCUGAAGAAGACGCCGAUAUGGCAUGCGAAGAAGAUACCACCACAACCACCACAACCACCACAACCACUUUGCAUGACUUAUCGACUGCUGCUAAUAGUCCUAUUUUUCCUCCUACUUCUGCUAUUUUUGACGAAUUAAUACUGGCUACGAUGUCGAAUGGCAAAGAUAUGCUUCUUGGUAACAGUGAUAGCCUUUUAGCUAGCGGUAGUACUAGCAGCAUGGAUGAAAGCACUUCGUCUUAUCAGACUACUCCUAGUCCACAAGCCUUGUUCACUUUGAGUGAAAUGUAUCAACAAGCAUUCCUCAUGAGCUCAUCAUCUGAUGGUACACCCAAUGACAGCUUACUAGAUAAUAGCAACACCAACAAGGAAAAUAUGUUCUUAAUGACGGAUGAGACAGAAAAUAGUCAUGUCAUUGAUUUAAUCACUAAAUUUGGAACCGUCGAUGCAGGCAUAGGCAGCUUCACUAACACAAGCACAACCCAUACUUCGACAACUGAUUCUUCUUUAUUGGGUCAAUUAUUUUAAAUGUGCAAUAAAAUAGACAGUUAGUAACCUUGUGAUAA